AUGGCACUUCACCGCCAGAACGGCACCUCGUCAACCUGCCUCGAGCAGCCCAUCGAACUCCAAGACGUCUCAAAUUAUGUCUCCAAGCCCCAAAAUGCCCAAAUCGCCAGCUCAGGCAACACCGAUGGCUUGCGACUGUCGGAUACUAAAGGCGUCCAAGAAAGCGACCCCGUAGAGAAUCUGCCAUCGCCAACGACUCAAGCAGCAGACAAGUUGGAGCGAUGGAAUCAUCCACGAUCGAAUUUCUUCAAGACUUCGGCGGCGUUUUGGAGCUUUGUAGUUAUGGGAGCCAAUGAUGCAGCGUAUGGGGCUUUGAUACCUUAUUUGCAAGAGUACUAUAGCCUUACUUUUGUCGUCAUCUCGCUGGUGUUUCUAUCCCCACUUGUCGGCUACACGGCUUCCGCACUAUUGAACAACAGUAUCCAUCUCAAGUUUGGCCAGAGAGGUGUUGCGGUUAUAGCGCCAACGUGCCAUCUGAUCGCGUACAUUGUUAUUGCAGUGCAUCCCCCAUAUCCGGUGCUUGUUGUUAUAUUUAUGUUGGCUGGCUUCGGCAAUGGGCUUGCUGAUGCUGCAUGGAAUGCCUGGAUCGGCAACAUGGCGAAUCCAAACGAAGUGCUAGGUUUCCUACACGCCUUCUACGGUGUAGGCGCUGUGCUUUCUCCUUUAAUAGCAACAACGAUGAUUACAAAGGGAAGUAAAUUACCCUGGUAUACCUUUUACUACAUCAUGAUCGGUAUGGCAGCCAUCGAACUCGCCACUUCCACAUCAGCCUUCUGGCGCGAAACCGGCGCCAAGUUCCGUGCGGCCAAUCCCCGGACCAGCGACACGAAAGACAACCGGAUGAAGGAAGCGCUCAUUCGUCUUCCACAUGCACGUGUCACAUGGCUCUGUGCGCUCUUUCUGCUCGGUUACGUGGGUAUCGAAGUUGCGCUUGGUGGCUGGAUCGUCAAGUUUAUGCUUGAAGUGCGCGAUGGCGAGGAGUUUGCUAGUGGAAUGGUAGCGACAGGGUUUUGGAUGGGCAUCACUGUGGGAAGAAUUGUGUUGGGCUUUGUGACGCCAAGAAUAGGGGAGAAGUUGGCAAUUACGAUCUACCUUCCCCUCACCAUGGCUCUCGAACUCAUCUUCUGGCUCGUCCCCCAAUUCUUUGUCUCGGCCGUUGCAGUAGGCCUCCAGGGCUUCUUUCUCGGUCCCUUGUUUCCUGCUGUCGUUGUCGUGGCUACGAAACUUCUACCGCGCCACUUGCACGUAGGUGCGAUCGGCUUUGCGGCGGCUUUUGGUGGCAGUGGAGCUGCUGUCUUUCCCUUUGUGGUUGGAGCUAUUGCGCAAGCGAAGGGUGUGCAGGUGCUGCAGCCGAUUAUUCUGGCACUGUUGGGCGUGAUUUUGGUUUUAUGGCUGGGGUUGCCGAGGAUGCAUAAGAAGGAGGAGUGA